AUGGCUGGUCUCGGGCAGAUCAUCUUCUACAGCAUGGUCACCCUCAUCUUCAUAAUCACAGCCCUCCUCAUCCUCAUCUUAGCCUUGACUUUCUCAACCACCUCAUCCGAGGUGAUGAGCAGCAACACAAUGCCAGUCGCCAACCUAGGUGACAAUCAGCUUCUCAGCUGCUAUCUUAACACAGGAAGUGCACAGACCACUGUCAAACAACUGACCGUCACCUGGGAGAAGAAUGGCAUGACAGGACUUGUUUACCAGUACACAAAUGGAGCGCCAGACCUUGGGAACCAGAACUCACAGUUCCAAGGAAGAACUCAGCUGUUCCCCAAUGGUUUAGUCACAGGAAACGCCUCUCUGCUACUGAGGAAUGUGGGAAGCAGUGACAACGGGGACUACACCUGCACCAUCAGCUCCUCUGAUGGCGGAGGGAAGGUCAACAUUCACCUCCGAACAGCAGCCUUUUCAGCCCCCACGUUUACACUGUCAAAUAACACCCUGAAAGCUGUGGCAAGCAGGUGGUUCCCCAAGCCAAACGUGACGUGGUCAAACAGCUCUGGAGCCGUCCUGCAGGGAAUAACCGAGCUCACGCCGAGCUCUACAGAGAUGUUUAAUGUGACCAGCAGGCUGCAGCCAGUCCAGGUCAGCAACACCUACACCUGCAGGAUCUACAACAACGUGGUGGCUGCUGUCUCAGAUGCAACUGGCCACCUGGGUCUGUAA